AACUAACGGCAAACAAAAGCUCGGCGAAGUUACAGCUUCUCACAAAAUUGGAAUUCUGAAAGCACCUAUCUCCAGUGGCGAGUAUACUGCCGGGCAUGCCUGGCACGUGCCUGGGCUGCCCUUCUUAUAUAUUUUUUUUUUUUUUUUUUUUUUUUUUAAAUGAAAACAAAAACAGAAAAAGGAAGAGUUAGAAUUUGCUUUCUCUUUCUCGAUCCCUCUCUCUCAAAAUCGCUGUUCCUCUCUCACCCACCGCCACCGGCCGCCGCUCUCAAUCCCUCUCUCACUGCUCUCAAUCUCUCUCCCUCACCUCGCCGUAACGCCGUUCAAUCUUCCGCCGCAGCCGCACCACUGCUCAGCUCACCGCGCCGCACCACACCGCACCGCACUCAGUCUUUCUCUUCGUCUCGUUUCAGGCUCUCUAAUAUUACUGGAAUCGCCACUGCCUAUCUCGACGACCAGAACAACACCAUGCCUACCAUCGGUGUAGGGCGAGAUCUUCUUUUCGCGGCUCUUGGAAGAACUUACACACAAGAGGAAUUUGAAGACUUGUGCUUCGAUUUUGGGAUUGAGCUCGAUGAUGUUACUACGGAGAAAGCAAUUGUGAGAAAAGAGAAGCAUUUGGAAGAAGAAGCUGACGAGGAUGAAGAAGUUAUCUACAAAAUUGAUAUUCCUGCAAAUAGAUAUGACCUACUCUGCCUUGAAGGACUGGCUCAAGCCCUCCGAGUUUUCUGCGGGAUCCAGGAAAUCCCUACUUACAAAUUGGCUGACAUUAGUAAGGAUGCAAUGCUUAAAAUGCAUGUGAAGCCAGAGACAUCUUUGAUUCGUCCCUUUGUUGUAUGUGCCGUAUUAAGAGGUUUAACUUUUGAUAAAGCGAGAUACAACAGCUUUAUUGAUCUACAAGACAAGCUGCACCAAAAUAUUUGUCGGAGAAGAACCCUUGUUGCCAUCGGCACUCAUGAUCUGGAUAAAUUAGAGGGUCCUUUUACCUAUGAGGCUUUACCACCUUCAAGUAUUAACUUUACGCCUCUAAAACAGGAAAGGAGCUUCAGGGCUGAUGAGCUCAUGGAGUUCUACAAAUCAGAUUUGAAAUUGAAGAAAUUCUUGCAUAUAAUCGAGGACUCCCCCGUUUAUCCUGUUAUAUAUGAUAGUAAGAGAACUGUUUUAUCUUUACCCCCAAUUAUCAAUGGUGCACAUUCAGCCAUCACUUUGGAGACAAAGAAUGUAUUCAUUGAAUGCACUGCAACUGAUCUGACAAAGGCGAAAGUUGUUUUAAAUACAAUGGUAACAGCCUUCGCGGAAUAUUGUGAAAAUAAGUUUGUCAUUGAACCUGUUGAAGUGAUUUCUUCUGAUGGAAAAUCUCACAUAUACCCUGAUUUAUCUGUCCACACUAUGGAAGUUCCUCUAUCAUACAUUAAUGGACGGAUUGGAAUAUCGUUGGAGGCAGAAGAGGUUACCAAGCUCUUAUACCGGAUGCAAUUGUAUGCCAAGCAAUCUACAUCUGACAAUAAACAGUCCAACAUAAUUGUAUCGGUACCUCCUACUAGAAGUGAUGUUCUUCAUCCAUGUGAUGUUUCGGAGGAUGUUGCAAUAGCUUAUGGAUUCAAUGCAAUUAUGGAUCAAGCAAUAGUCGAUAAUAACGGGUCAAAUAGAUUAGCAGCUUCCUUGACACUACUUCCUCUUAAUGAGAUGAGUGAUCUAAUCAGAAAAGAGGUUGCAAUGGUUGGGUUCACAGAGGUGUUAACAUUCAUACUCUGCUCUAAGAAAGAAAACUUUUCCAUGCUAAACCGCAAAGAUGAUAAAUCCAAAGCGGUUAUCAUUGGAAACCCCAGGUCUUCAGACUUCGAGGCUGUCCGGACUACUCUUAUGCCUGGUAUUUUGAAAACUGUUGCUCACAACAAGGAUCACCCAAAACCCAUAAAGAUUUUUGAAGUGGGUGAUAUAGCUAUUUUGGAUGACAAUGAUGUUGGUGCAAAAAAUCUCCGCCAACUUGCUGCACUACACUGUGGUGCUCAUGCAGGAUUGGAGAUAAUUCAUGGCUUGGUGGACAAAGUAAUGGAAAAGAAUGGGAUUACCUUUUCACCUGGUGAUAAAUCAGGAGGGUAUUAUAUUGAGGAGUCAGAUGAGCCCGAGUUUUUUGCUCGUAGACAAGCAAGAAUUAUUUAUAAGGGAAAGCAAAUAGGGAUUUUUGGCAUUGUUGAUCCGGAGGUAUUAAAAAACUUCGACAUUACGGAUCCCUGCUCCUUUGUUGAACUCAACAUUGAAAGUUUCUUGUAAUGAUUAUUUGAAGCAAAUGUGUAGCCAUUGCCCCCUGGACAUUUUGACUGUUACCUGAUAGAGGAUAAUUGUACCUUAAAUUAUAGAGCUAUUGUUGAAGGCAGUUUUUGUCCUUAAAAAUCAAGACAGAUGGAUACUGCUGAGUUUUUUUGCCAAUACAGAACUAGAGUAGUCUCGAGCAAACAUUUCUCACACUUUAUGCAAACAUUUCUCACACUUUAUGCAUGUGUUUAUACUAUAUAGUACUAGUACUUGUUUAAGAUUGUUCGAUAUUUUGUGUUUGAUCUAUAUUUGUUGAUGUUAGUGAUUUUCUUAGACAAAAUGCAUCAUGCAAUCCUUUAAAGUUGUUUAGCUAUAUCUGCUUAGUCAUUUGGUUUUA